GUUGUCAAGUAGUUUGACAGUUUAGGUUUACAGAGAGCUGAUUGUCGUAAAGUAACAAUUAAAAAUGUUCAAAGUCCUUCUAUUCAUUAUAUUCUUUGUACAAAUUUAUACGGGAUAUUGUAAAUACGCAGAAAUCGACAAGAAUGGCUACAUUCUUUACUGUCCUUGUAUGGGUAGAUUUGGCAACCAAGCAGAUAACUUUUUGGGUGCAUUGGGUUUUUCCAUUGCACUAAAUCGUACAUUAGUUGUGCCGCCAUGGGUUGAAUAUCGCACAGGGGAGACGAGGUCGAUACAAGUACCAUUUGACACCUAUUUUAAUGUAUCUCAACUAGAAAGUUGCCAUAGGGUGAUUGUAAUGGAAGAAUUCAUGAAGGAAAUUGCACCUGCUGUGUGGCCAGAGUCAAAAAGGAUUUCUUUUUGUUACUCUGUACGAGGAAGUACAGGGUCGUGCAACGCGAAAGAAGGCAACCCCUUUGGACCAUUUUGGGAUACAUUUGACGUAGAGUUUGUUGGUUCAGAGUUUUAUGGGCCACUGCAUUAUGAUGUUUAUCACAGCGACAUGGUAUAUCAGUGGUCACGUAAAUACCCAUCAAGUAAUUGGCCAGUCUUAGCAUUCACUGGAGCUCCUGCUAGCUUUCCUGUUCAAAUGGAGAACAAAAAGCUGCAAAAGUGUGUCGGCUGGAAUGAUAAGAUUGCAGAUCAAGCUAAGUCGUUUGUGAAGAACCACCUGCCAAGAGGAGCUUACAUUGGCAUUCACUUACGGAAUGGAGUUGAUUGGGUGAGAGCCUGUGAAUUCAUUUCAAGUUCACCCAACUUAUUUGCUGCACCACAGUGCUUAGGGUACAGAAAUGAACGAGGCAAAGCUACAUCUGCGAUGUGUCUACCGCCGUUUGAAUUAAUAAUCAGACAUUUAAAACGCGUUAUUCGUGCAAACAACGAUGUUAAAUCCAUAUAUGUAGCAUCAGAUAGCAACCAUAUGAUACCAGAGCUCAGUAAAGCUUUAAAACGAAUGGAAAUUACUGUACAUAAACAAGAAGAACCUGCAUCUCCUCACUUAGACCUAGCAAUUUUAGGAAGAUCUAACUACUUCAUUGGCAACUGUAUUUCGUCAUUUUCCGCAUUUGUGGCCAGGGAGAGAGAAGUACGUGGGUAUCCUACUUUCUUUUGGGGUUUCCCCCCAGAAAGAACUGUUUCGUCCGUUUCGCACGAGGAAUUGUAAAUAUUAGUGAUGUUAUUUUUAUUAUAGUAUAUACUUGAAGGUAAUAUUUAUAACGAGAUAAGGCAGAUUGUACUUUCAAACUAUUUAACCGAUCAAAUUUCAGUUGAAGCUCUUUUACGACAAUGCUGAUUUAGUAUUAUUUAGAUUUAUUUAAACUUGAACAAUAUACAAAUUUAUAAAACACGU